UUAAGUUGGUUCAAACGACAUUACGUACAUGCGAGCAUGUUGCGAACAUCGAUAUAUUUAUUCCAUUACUUAAAUCUAACUUUAAGUGAUUUUUUAAGAGAACUUCUCUUAUUUAUUUAAAAAAUUCUUUAGUUAAGUUUGAUCGCGUGUAACGUGUUGGUGCUAAGUUAAAUUUUGUUUAUGUGUGAAGCUUUGGACUAUUAUAAAAGUCCUGGAUGUUUAAAUGUGUCGUAAAUAAGUUUUAAACAAUUAAAAAACAUGACAGUUAAGGUGCCGAUGGGCGCGAGUCGCCUGCGCGCCUAUGUACGCCAGACCCUUAUGGUCAUCUUAAUAAACGUGCCAACAGUCUCCUUCGGUUUAGCCAUGGGGUGGGUGUCCCUAGCCAGCGGGGAGGGUGCAGAAGGUGGUGAGGGGGGCGAGCUGGUAGAUGACGCGCAUGUCGUGGCAGCAGCUGCGACUACCUUCGUGGCAUCACUGGUGGGGGUGCCUCUAUGCGCGCGCGCACUCGCUGAGGGAAGGAAAUUUGCUGUCAUUGCUACGUCUGCUGCUUUUGUGGCGUGCUGGUCCCUGAAGCUGUGUGGCGGAGGAUGGUGGGUGGUGGCAGCACGCGCAUGCGCGGGACUGGGCGGCGCCGGCGCCUGGUGCCUUGCGCCUCUACUUGCCAGGGAGAUGUGCGAGGAAAACGUCCGCGGCGCGGCGGUCUCUGCGCUAGUCCUGGCUCAUAACCUCGGUUUCCUGCUCAUGUAUGUGGCUGCGGACGUUCAAAUACCACAUAGGUAG